AUGAUACAUUGUCCAUGUCCUUUGUGUGGGUUCCAGUUUUUCCAAACUAGAGAAGCUGAAUAUGAUCAUCUUCUGAUGAAACUAUUUCCCCCUAACUAUACCUUUUCGUUACAUCACGGUGAGAGGAUCGUAGAUGAGAGACCCAGCGGUAGGGAAGAACUAGAUCCCACUAUAAAUUCAGGAGAUCAAAUGCGUGACAUGAUCCAUGACGCAUUCAAUUUGCCAGGACUGCAGAGUAAGGAUGACAAUUCCAUGGAUGGGCAUGCUGGAGGCGUUUCGGAUGAGUUACCGUACUUAUCUGAUGAACCUAGUCACGAGGCUCGUGCCUUUCAAGACUUGCUUAAGGACGGCGAGCGGGAAUUAUAUCCGGGAUGUUCAAGAUUCUUGAAGUUGUCUUUCCUGGUGAAGCUGUACCAUAUAAAGUGCAUGUGCGGAGUGAGCAACAAGGAUUUCGAAUUGAUUCUAGAGCUAUUGGAGGAUGCCUUUGAGCAUGCACAGAUUCCGAAGACCUUGCGCGAUGCCAAGAGGAUCAUAAGGAAGCUGGGUAUUGAGUACAAGAAGAUAGAUGCAUGUCCGAAUGACUGCAUACUAUACCAGGGUUCUGACCACGACCUGUCUAGAUGCAAACGGUGUGGAGCAUCCAGGUGGAAGCAGAAGACCAGGAAGAAUUCUGUAGUAAGGAUUAACGCCGUUGUCAAGAAGAAUGGUAAACCUCAGGCGGCGAAAGUUCUUCGUUAUUUUCCUUUGAUUCCACGGUUGCAGCGGUUAUUCAUGUCCAGCAAGACAGCUGUGGACAUGUUGUGGCACAAGAGAGGCACCAACUAUGACAGUUUCUUGAGGCAUCCCAGAGAUGGAGAGGGUUGGAAAGUAUCUGACAUGAGUUAUACUAACUUUUCUGGCGAUCCGCGCAGUGUUCGCUUAGCCUUGGCCAGUGAUAGCUUCAAUCCUUAUGGAAACCUCAUUUCAAAGUACUCAAUAUGGCCACCCCUGAUCGAUGAGUUGAAGCAGUUGUGGGCCGGUGUUGAUACCUACGACGCUAGUGAGAAUAAAACAUUCAAGAUGCGUGCUGUGUUGAUGUGUACUAUCAGCGAUUUUCCUGGCUUAGGCAAUUUAUCUGGUUGGAAUACGUACGGCGGGAGAGCCUGCCCCACGUGUAACUUGGACGCCGAGACUAUGCAACUCACCUUCAGUCAGAAAUGGUGUUAUAUCGGUCAUCAGUGCUUCUUGAAUCACGAUCACAGAUAUAGACAAGACCGGAUUAGAUUUGAUGGUAAAAUAGAGGAUAGAUCUCCACCUACCAAAUUGACUGGCAGGGAUGUCCUGAGACAACUAGAGGGUGUGCCCGUCUCACAGGGCAAGGUGCAAGUGGUGGGCGGUAAAAGAAGACGUUGCCAGUAG